CGCAUGGGAAGCUGGCAACGUUGUAGCGGAAAUGUGAGGCGACGCAUAGUUGUGCAACUUACAUUUUCUCUCAAGUUGACAUGCAUGCAUCUUCAAGUCCCUGCAAUACAGGCGGAAGAAAAUAGGCCUACUAGAGAAACUGACCCAAUGCCUUUUCAAUUGCUGAUGUCGACUUUAGAGCGUGCUGUGUGUGUUAACCGCUGCUGACUUGAUGCGUAAUGUGACCCUGUAAAUAACGACUUUUUUCCCUUCCCUUUCCUAUUCGUCUCAUGGAUACCCGAUCCUUCCGUCAUGGCGCUGAAUGACUUGAACUUCAAAAAGGGAUGGAUAUUCAGGUUGGAUGAUGAUGAAGAGUGGAGGAAAUACUGGUUUGUCUUGACCGACUCGUCGUUUAAGUACUACAGAGAUGCUCAAGCGGAGGAGAGAGAUGAGCUGGAGGGAGAGCUGGACUUGCGUCUGUGUACUGACAUCAUUGAGUAUGACGUGGAGAAGAACUAUGGUUUCCAGCUUCAUACCAGAGAAUCAAUAAUCACCUUAUCUGCCAUGACCUCUAAAAUCAGAAGGAAUUGGAUUGAUAUCUUACGCCGGAAUAUUUCAGGAAAUCCCUCUGACAAAUACCGCGGCUCUAAGGCAGGACCCCCAGGAACUAAUCAAGACGAGCCGACGGCUCCUCUGACCAAUCGGAGAGAGGCGGGGGUGGGGCGUGAUCAAGAGCACGAGAGGCGAUUGGAGGACCGCACCAGGUGGUUUCAGGAAGGGAUCGUGUGCACCACUGACGGCAGCAGGUGGGACACCAUCGAGCUGAAAAAGGGGACCAUCAAGCCGACGGAGCGGACGGCAGCAGACCUCGAACGGCUCGCCGAGAGCAUCAGCGGAGGAAGCCAAGACAUCGAUAAGAAAUGGGAAGACUUUGAGAGGAUGCAGAUGGGAGAGGCCCAGUCACUCGCCGUGGUUGACUCCUCAAAGCAGGAGCAGACCAAAGCAGAAACGGCUCUGCCGCCGACCUCACCAACACGCCAACACAGAGAGGUUCGCUUUGGAGAACCUCCACAGAAGGAGAGCUCCACCAACACCAACACCAACACCAACACCAGCAGCAGCGGUGGCAGCACCAGCGUGGGGGGCCCCUGUGGCCCCAACGCCCCCUGUGGCCCCCGCAUGAGGGCCCUGGAGAAGCUGUACAAGGAGACGCUGGAGGCCACGCAGCGGGAGCACGAGCGGCAGAUGGAGCGUCUGCAGAGGGAGACGGAGCGGCUGCUGAUGGAGGAGGCCCAGGCCGCAGCUAAGACCAUUGAUGCCUUGAAGAGGGCCCACCUAGAGGAGCUGGAGAAAACCAGGAGUCUCACUGGAGGAGACUGCAGAAAGCCAACCUCAGAGGCCAUGGGUGUGCAGGAGGAGCUGAAUGGGCUGUCGGAGCGCUACUCUGAGAAGUGUGUGGAGCUGGAGCGCCUGCAGCACCUCAGCCAGGAGCGCCACGCGGAGGCCAGGCGGGCGGAGGAGGACAUCCAGCUGAUGAGGAGGGACAACCAGGAACUGCAGUCGCGGGUGACGGAGGAGAUGACACUCAUGCGUACCCAUGUCACGGGGGGGCAGGAGUCACAGUCUCAACGCAGCCCUGAGGACAUAGAGGUGCUGCUACGCGCAAAAGAAAACGAGAUCGCAUUCAUGCAGAAAGAGAUCGCCUGCCUGAGAAAUGAAGUGGCCGCUCUGGUUAAGGAGAAGGAGUCGAUGUGCGAGCGCUUCAAGGAGGUGUACGUGGAGCUGAGCCGGGUGAAGGGCAUCAGCGAGCGGGAGAUGGACUGCCUGAGGGAGCACCUGAGCCUCGCCAGCGCCGCCCUGCAGGAGCAGCAGCUCAUGGCCGGCAGCACGUAGGGCACAGAGGGAUUACAUUGGACCACACGAACACAUGGGACGUACAGUAACACCAGGAACACAUAGGACUUACAGUAACACCAGGAACACAUAGGACUUACAACAGGACUCUAAAAUAUAAUUUUGUCCAUCACCAGCCAAAAUGACUAGUAGAUGUUAACCAAACACACACGCACACACAAGUAACACCAGGAACGCAUAGGACUUACAGAAGGGCUCUAAAAAAAACAUUUUCCAUCUCCAGCCAAAAUUACCAGUAGAUGUUAAUCUUACUAGCCAAACACACUCACUAAAGGGUCAAAGUGGCUAGUAAGUUGGGUCUUUUCUACCAGCCAAACUGAAAUUUCACCAGCAUUUGGCUGGUUGGUCGUUGUUAAUUUAGAGCCCUGACUCAAGGUAACCAGGUACACAUAGGACUUACAGCAGGUACCACCAGGUAACACAGCUCAUGGCGGGCAGCACACAGGACUCAACAACAGUUUCAUGAACAGAGCAGUGCACAAGAUGGCACACCAAACCCCGUAAUAACAGUAGUCUUCUGAAUUACAUUAGUUGCUAAUGAUUAGCAGCAUUAGUUCAUAGGACAUGAGUCUGGUAGCACUCAGCAGAGUACACUGGAUUCAGGAACACCAGGAGCUCAGCAGAGCCCAUAGGACUCAACACCAGCAACAGAGUAGCACAUAGGACUCAAGGGGUUCAUCCCCAUGUUCCCCAGGUCCUAUGUUCCCCAGGGUUUUGGAAAAAGGUUAGAUUUAGGGAUGGUUUUGAGAAGGGCACAAUUUAAAAACUCAGGUUAGAUACAAUGCAGGGAACAUAGAACCCUUUUUUUAGAAAAAAGGUUCCUAAGUUCCCCGGUCCCAUACAAAGGCCGGGGAACAUAGCUCCACUCCCGACUCAAGAGGACUGCACUGGACUCACAAACACAUUGGACUUUACACCAGGAACAAAGCAGAGCACGUAGGACAGCAUUGGACUCAGGAUCACAGCAGAGCACAAGGAUUCGACAUCAGGAACGCAGCAGCACGUCGUAGGACUCAACAUCCGUCUUAUGCCAUGAUCACUCAACACCACCAGAAGCACAAAGGACUCUUCAGCAGUGAUAUGAACAUGGCAGCACCAUAGGCGUGCACAGAUGGGGACUAGGUGCUACAACACCUGCCCCUAUGCCCUACUGGACAAAAAAAUGCCCUUUUUGAAAAAAAAUCUUUCUUGAUUUUUUUUGUCAGAAUGUACUGUGGUCCAUGUUGACAGGAUCAUUAACAAACGCUUCACAAAUGCAUGUUACAAUGGUAACACUUUAUUUUAGGGAUACAUCUAUUAGCACUAAUACAUACAAUGUUAAUGCCUGCAUAAGUAACUUGUAAGGCAUGUACUAAGCAAACGCUAAGGCCUACAAGGUCCUUACUAAGGUUAAAUUGGUAAUAAAUCCCUUAUUGUGCAUGAACAAGACAUUUGCGAAUACAUGCCUAACAAAUGUUUAAUUUUGCUGUGUACGUGCCUUACAAGUUACUUAUACAGGGACAUUGUAUGUAUUAGUGCUAAUAGAGGUAUCCCUAAAAUAAAAAGUGUUACCAUUAAUAAUGCUCCAAUAUAAUAUUUAGCCUCUAUAAGCCUAGAGAGGCAAUCAGAAGUUCCCCCAACACUCCCACACCUUCAGCACCUGCCCCCUCAAGUGUACAUGAGCUGGCCACAAGCACUGGACAGUAGUUUUGUUAUGCUGCCACUGUGAACUUUUAUUUAAUGCAGUGAAACAUUUUUCCCCUCAAAGUUUUUUUUUCCCCUAAAACUUUUCUUUGACAAUUGUGGUUGAGUUUUAUGUGUGAAUAAAGCAAGCGAACAAAAGUUCUUUGAUCCCAAGGAUGGUGAAAGUGUUAACUUAAUAUUGUGAAAAAUG